AAUUUGAUGAAAUGCAUUUACUACCUGAGCCGCUUUUUUCUAUACCCACUGACAACACGUACAUCAUGAAUAUAGUUGGUACAGAAACUGGUAGAAUAUUUAUGGCAGGAAAAGAUGGAUGUUUGUAUGAACUAGCAUAUCAGGCUGAUGAUGGCUGGUUCAGCAGAAAAUGUCGUAAAAUCAACCAUUCAACAAGUACCCUGUCUUUCUUGGUUCCUUCAUUUCUAAAUUUCUCAUUUAGUGAAGAAGAUCCACUAGUGCAGAUCAGGGUAGAUAACUCACGAAACAUACUUUAUUGUCGGACAGAGAAAGGUUGUCUUCAAGUUUAUGAUCUCGGACAGGAUGGUAAAGGAUUAAGCAAAACAGCUGCCAUACCAUUACAAAAUAUUGUACAUAAUGCCUCUCAUGUAGCUAGAACAAUAGACAGAUCAAAUUUCAAGCCCAUUGUACAUAUAUCUCCUAUAGAGAAGCCAGAAUCUAAUAAUGUACAUCUAGUCGCAAUAACACAAACAGGAGUAAGACUGUAUUUUACAACAAAUCCAUUUGGCACGCUGAAGGAUCGACCCAGCAUGCUCACAUUGGUUCAUGUUCGACUCCCACCUGGGUUCCUCACAUCUGCAGCGCCACAACGACCAAACAAUGUUCAUAUGGCAUACUAUAAACAAGGUUGUAUGAUAUUGUUGUCAUCACAAGGUGAGAACAGAGAUCUUAUGUGGACAAUUGGUAGCGACUCAUUCCCUUUCCAGAAUCAACUCAUGGAAUCUCAUACGACACUAGGUAUUGAAGGCAGAACAUGGUCUAUCAGUGAGGUUGAGUAUGUUAAGCCUCAGUGUGAGCAGGGUCCGUUUGCUAGAGAUCCCCCGGUUGUAGUCACGCAGCACGCCAAACCACCUAGAAAGUUUGUCAUUCUAAGUGCACAGGGAAGUCACAUUAUGAGUAAAUUACGACCAGUAGAUCAACUCAGACAACUACUGAUAGAUUGUCAGGGACCUGAUGCUGAUGAAGUCAAAGCUUUCUUCAGAUUACAUAAGAUUGAACAAGCUUGUGCUACAUGUCUAAUUUUGGCAUGUGCGAGACUAGCCACAGACCAGCAGGUUGCAGACUGGGCCAAGAUGGCUUUCUUCUUGUACGGUGGUGAGGCAAAAUACACAUUUGGAGCUGGCCAGGAUAGACCUAUGAAGCUAAUGCCUAGUGAUAUUGGCCCUUCUGAUGGUGGUGGUGGAUUUGGUAUGAGUCAAUCAAUGUACACUCCAGGUCCUGUACAACAUCAACAACAGCAGAAUAUGUCUGCAUUCCCAACUCCCAUGCCAGGAAUGCAUCCUAACCAGGCGUCUACGCCGAUGCAGUUUGAUAAUCAACCGAUGUACCAUCAGCAAUCAGAUGGUCUGCCGCGGUUUAUGAAGAAUAUCAGCUUCUCAGGAAAACACAAUGGAAUCUGCCUGUACCUAGCCAGAAUACUCAGACCUAUAUGGGACAUGAUGGUAACAAAGGAAUAUUCUUGUCAAACACCAGAGGGAUCUAUUAACUACGUGACUUGUAAUUUUCCCAGUGAUGACCUCGGCUUUGUGUUGGAAAAUGUACGAGAGCUGUCUGACUUUGUUGACUUUAACUCAAAAUUUGAUAUGGGACCAACAGAUACAGGUGGUUUAGAUGGAGGUCCUUUCCCAAACCAGAUGAUGAGAUUAUAUGAUGAACAGACCAUGAUGAAGAUGCAAGCCAACGCCCAGCGUGUUGAGAAGGUGUCAUUACAGCAGAUACAGGAAUUAAUACACAGAGUAGAAGAGGCUCUAGGGUUACUGAAGGUUCUGGUUGAUCAUCAGUUCCAUACCAUGGCUGCUACACUUUCAAAAGAUGAACAAAAUCAACUAAAAUCACUGACAUUCAAAGAAUUUGUCAUCACAGGAAAAGAGCUAUGUGGCACAUUGAUUCAAUGUUUAAUCAACCGUUACCUUGACGACAAUGCUACCACAGAUGCCAUUAGUAGUAGACUAAGAGAAAUAUGUCCAUCAUUAUACAGCACAGAUGAUGCUACUUGUUCUAAGGCUAAUGAAAUGUUACAAGCGGGGAAGAUAAGUCAGAGUCCAGCAGAAAGACGUCGCCAUCUUGUUGAGGCACUCCGGUUGUAUAAAAGUGUAUCACAGCCGCUGCAAUUAGCUGAGGUGUGUAAUCAGUUCUCGAGUGUACAGUUUUAUGAGGGUAUAGUAGAUCUAUGUCUUACCAUGGCAAAUAAACGAGACCCGCAGAAACUUGCGUUACAUUUUUACAACAAUGACGAACCCCCGGAAGAUAUGCAGGGGGUACAGGAACUGAUGGCACGGAAAGAGUGUUAUAAAUGUAUAACGGAGACAUUAGGUUACCUGAUGACAGCCAGUGUACCCCAAGGUGCUAGUGUUAUACCAAAAUCUCCAGGACCGCCCCCUGCUGUCGACAGUAGUCGUAUGUCCAUAGAGGAUGCUGAACAAUAUAAAGCAGAGGUAUUCCGACUUGCGUUGAGGUCUGAUGAUGAAUUGUUCCACGUGUCCUUAUACGACUGGCUUUUCAGUAUGAACAUGACUGAAAAAUUAUUAGAGAUCCAGUCGCCAUUUUUGGAGCAAUAUUUGAAACGUCGUUCAAGCUACCAGUCUGGUGAUGUAGCUGCGCUUGAUUUAUUGUGGAAAUAUUACGAGAAAAUUGAAAACUAUCCUGCAGCUGCGAGAAUAUUAACCAGGCUAGCUGAAAGACAUGGCACUGAUCUAGAUCUACAGAAGCGUAUUGUUUUGCUGUCUCGUGCAAUCAUGUGUGCUAAGAGUUCAUCAUCUAGGUCAAGCUCUGCGGUGGAGGGAGAAUUCUUACAUGAACUAGAGGAAAAAAUGGAGGUUGCUAGGUUACAGAUGAAUGUUCUCCGAGCACUAACACAGGAAACAGUUGGUGGUCCUGAUGUACAGGAAGCUAUGUCUCGGUUAGAGUCAGAUCUCCUUGACAUAACUAUGUUGUAUGAGGAGUUUGCAGAUAGAUUUGAUCUUUCUGAAUGUAAAUUAUCCAUUGUUCAUUGUGCUGGGCUAUAUGAUAACGCUCUUGUUGAGAAUCUGUGGCAGAGUAUUAUAGAUAAAGAGUUUGAGAACACCCGUUCAAGUGCACCUCCUGUUAGAGUUAGAAACAUCAGUAAUAAGCUAUGUGUUGUUGGCAAAACGUACAUCAAGGCCGAGAGAUACUUUCCUUUUGCUUUUAUUGUAAAGUACCUAGAGCAAAGAAGUUGUGAAUUGCAGUUGGAUGUUGGCUGGGUGUUCCAGCUAAUGUUAGAUAUUGGUAUACCAGCUUUAAGGUUGCUGGAAUUAUAUGACCGGAUGUUUAAAUCUAGGGAUCCAUUCUGGUCAUCUAUCAACAGACCUCUACAUCUUCUCUAUGUUAUACACAGUUUCCUAAACAAGCUCGUGGAUAACAUGUCACUUAUACCUGUGUAUGAAAG